GUAUCUAGCCAUAUGUAGGAUAUCUGUGGUUCCACUCGGAAGAUAAGCAAGUAUGGCGGCAUCCGCAACGCCAGCUGUAGCCGAGCAGACGUCAACACCAGCAGCCUCGGGAAGGGGAAGCAUUCCUUUCGAAUUCUCGCAGCCUCCAGUCAUCGAAGGUUUCAGCCCUUCAACGAGUGCCAAAGAUGAGACCUUUAAAGAAAAGUUUAUGCGGAAAGCCAAGGACAACCCCUUUGUCCCAAUAGGUUGCGUGGGUACGGCAGGAGCGCUGAUGUACGGUCUCCGAGCGUUUCACCAGGGCAAAACCAGGCAGUCGCAAUUGUUGAUGCGGGGCCGCAUCUUUGCCCAAGGCUUCACAGUCGUUGCCAUAGUCGUCGGCGUCGUAGCUGCCACAGCCAAGCCCAAACAGUGAAGAAGCAGCACCCCAAUUUUUCCAUUUACGCAAAGACUGUUUGAAAGAAUGGAAUGAUUAUAUACACAAUAUAAUUAUUCAACAAUGAGGACAAGCUUGUUUGGAAACAUAUUCCUCAUUUCAAAUGUGGCUUACACAGGAUAUACUUUAGUAUAUACUGUGCUAUAAUCUGCCUGUCUUUGUCAUUAGUGUAUUGUGUCAAUAAAAUCAUUCAACACGUCUUUGGACUUGAUUAAAAUAUCA